UAGCGUUCCUAGCAAUGUUCCGAAGUACUUAAUGAUUAAUAAUGAUGAUAAUAUUUUUUUAUCAUUUAUAUACAUCAAAUUAGGAUAUCUUUCCGAUGAAUUUGAAGAACGACCAUCGGGAGUUCAUCUUAGAUCAGUAUCGCCACAUAAAUCAGGUUCACGAUCGCCACGACACUCAAGCAAAUCACCUAGACCGCACCAAAAUAUAGAAUCUCCCACACCGACUCCUACAUUCCGCGAUUCUCGCCCUGAAAUCAUUGCUUGGCCUACACCGCCUAAUUCACAAAAUAUUUAUAACAACAAUACGACUUGUAAGAAAAGCAAUCAAGAAAAUAUAUCAAGUGAUGAACCAUCAAAACUGAUAAAUAUGCUUAAAGCCGCGUCUACAGGAGCACCAAGAGGAAGAGAAUCUGAAUUAAAGAAGAAAAUCCAAACUCUAGAAGAUACAGUUGCCGAAUAUGAGAGGCAAAAAUAUAAUGUGAUGGGAACUUUUAGUGAAUAUCGGGAACGCGUGGCUGAACGUGAAAGAAAACUUGAAGCAGAAUAUUCAAACAAAAUAAUAGCUUUAAGCGAAGAAGUACUUGGAGCCAAAAAAGACUUUGAAGCAAGAAUGAAAAGUUUUCAAGCAUUACAAGAAAAAUUUGAAAGGGAAAAAGAACAGGCACUGGAAAAGCUCCGCCAGGAACAUCAAAAAGAGAUACAAUUAUUGGAGCAACGUUUUUCAGAGUCUCAAUUACUUAAUUUGGAACAGAAAUAUAUGAUCGAAAUACAGCGCUUAGAAGAGGAAAGAAAAAGUUUAAAGUCGGAAAAAGAGCGUCUCGGUGAAACAUUUGAGAUGAAAUUGCGGCGGGCGCAAAGUUUAUAUGAAACAGAGUUAUCUGCCGCAAAAAUGCUUUAUUCAAAAGAACUCGAAGCUUUGCGAGAUCAUGAAGAAGCACUUAAAGAAGAGUUGUUGGCAAGACAAGACGAAUUUUAUGAUCGUUUGCAAGAAUUACAACAUCAAUCGAAAAUAAGUCGAGAGGAACUUGCAACAUGCAAAAAUGAAGUUACAGCGCUGGAGAAGCGUUUACAAGCUAAAGAAGCAGAAGCGAUGGCUAUUUCCAAAGAGUUGGAAGAAGCAAGAAAUGAAACGAACGAUUCACUUCGUAAAUUAUCAAAAAUUGAAUCUGAAGUGCAGCAAACAAAGCAGCAAUAUCGUCAACAGGAAGAGGAAUUACAGAGGAAAUCAAGUUUGUUAAAUAUUGUUGAAACUGCGAAAACGAAAUUGGAAGCUGUCAUUCGUGAUUUGCAAACUGAAGUGAAAGCGCUUAAAAAUAAAGUUGAAUUUUUGGAAAAAGAACGCGAAAAUCUUCAAAGUCAAAGUGAAAGUCAAACUCAAUUGCAAAAUUCACAAGUGCUUGCGCUAGAAGCAGUUUUGGAAUCGGUUACAAAAGAAAAAGAAAGCACCAAGCAGCAUUACGAAGGUCUGCUCGACAAGGAGCGUCAACAAGCAGAAGAAAGAGAAUUUGCUAUGAAAAAGGAAUUUACUUCGAAACUCAAUGAACUUGAAGAUCAGUACAAUUCACUAAGAGACCAUUUCGAACAAAGUAAUCUCAUGGAUGAACAGGAUUACCAAAAAGAGGAAUUUUCAAGUUUGAUUGAAAAUAUAGAAAGUUUGAGAAAUGAAUUGAAAAUAAAAGAUACAAAAUUGACUGAAAUGAAAACGGAGAUUGACAAGAUGAAAGAGCAAAUACAAAGAGAGAACGAACUAAAUGAUGAUCAGCUAUCGAUGAUAAGGAAGGAAAUAUGGUACUUGGCUUUUUAA